AUGCAAAUGAGCAUUCUGUUAACGGCGAGUCUCUUCAGUGGCAUGGCGUUAGCUUCGCCGUCAUAUUCACCGCUAGUUGACUUGGGAUAUGCUCGGUAUCAAGGGGUGUCGCUAUCCAACGGCGUUGACCAAUACCUCGGGAUAAGGUACGCAAAAGCACCUUUGAAAGUCUUGCGAUUCCGAGCUCCCAGGGAUCCAGAGAAUACUGGAAGCAUUUUAGAUGCAUCAUCGUUUGGGCCACUUUGCGUGGGAGUCGGUCAAUCAACCAAUGAUGCAUUAUCGGAGGAUUGCCUCUUUUUAAACGUUUGGUCACCCGCAAAUACGAGUGGUCACUCCAACUUCCCCGUGUGGUUAUUUAUUCAAGGCGGUGGAUACGCCAACAACGCGAAUGGCAACUAUAACGGCAGUGAGGUCGUUCAACAGUCUGGUAGCAGUAUUGUGUUUGUCAACUUCAAUUACCGCGUCGGUGUGCUUGGCUUCCUAGCCAGUGAGCAUGUUCGAAACGAUGGAGAUCUCAAUGCUGGACUACUCGAUCAGCGGAAGGCCCUUCAUUGGGUACAGCAGCAUAUUCGCCAGUUUGGCGGCAACCCAGAACACGUGGUGAUUCAUGGUGACUCAUCUGGUGCUGGCUCCGUUGCUCAUCAUCUCACUGCAUAUGGUGGUCGCAACAUGGAUCUUUUCGUCGGGGCAGUGGCGGAGUCGACAUUCUGGCCCACCCAAAGAACGGUUGGGCAGAUGGAAUUCCAGUACGAGCAAUUUGUGAAAGAUGUUGGCUGCGAAAAGACAGAUGACUCUUUGGUAUGCUUGCGUGCUGUGGAUAUUGAGAUUAUCCAAAAGUUCAAUGUUAACAAGCCUUUCCCAGGGGGCAGUACUACACCGGUCCCCUUGUGGUAUUUUCUCCCUGUUGUGGACGGAGACUUGAUCCGAGAUCGGCUUUACAAUCUUUUUGAUCAAGGCAAAUUUAUUCAUGUCCCAUUGAUUGUCAGUGAUGAUACGAAUGAGGGCACCGACUUUGCGUACAACGCAACCAAUAAAUCCGAGGUGGCUCAGUUCAUGAAGAACAACUAUCCCGGUCUCUCUGGUCGACAGCUCGAAAGUAUCAACGAGGCUUAUGCGCACGUGGAACCCCUCCCCAAGCAUGAAGCUUAUUUCCCUAUGGCUGCGGCCGCUUAUGGCGAUUCAACCUUCAUUUGCCCAGGGAAUUUGAUGGCCGCGACCGUGGCCAAAGCGUUUUCGUCUCGUCAGGUCUGGAGCUAUCGAUUUAACGUCCGCGAUCCGACGGAGAUUGCAAAUGGCAUGGGUGUUCCGCACAUUUUUGAUAUGCCUGCGAUAUUUGGAAUAGGGGAAACCAACGAGCCGACGGAUUCAUAUGCCAAUUCGAACGCAAAUAUUGUACCUAUAACCAUGGAUUAUUAUCUGAGCUUCGUCAAAGCACUGGAUCCGAAUGUGUACCGGAACAAAGACGCUCCCCAAUGGCAACCGUGGGGGUCAGAAGCAGGGGAGCGCCUCAAACUGCAGACAAAUUCCACGCAAAUGGAAAGCGUUCCCCGGUUUCAGAUAGAAUGUUGUUCCAUGUGGAAGAAGUUCGCCGCCGAUAUGGAACAUUGA